AUGAUAUACGAUAAUUCAUUAAUCAUAGCUAACCUUGGCAUUGGAGAUGUUACUGGACACUGGCCUCCACAUGCGCCAGCGCAGCCGCGCGUUUAUCCGAUGGGGUUUCUGAGCUUCUUCCCUGUGCAUGGGACGAGUUUGUAUGAGAAUAAUACCCUGGUUAGCGGUGAUAACAAGGGCAUGGCAGCGUGGAUGUACGAAUCGUACAUCGAGCCUUCCUCGAUGCUUGGCAACAAUUCCUUUGUUGCAGGGUUCAUUCAAUGUGAGUCACCAUCCGCACUCGAAGCCAACGUGGGCGAUACCACCCCGAAUACCCUGGGCGCCUACUGCGAAUUACUCGGAAACCCAUGGGAUGGCCAACCCUGCGUGGCAAGUUUGAGCAUUCGACAUGUGGUAAUCGGACCGAGGACUGUCACGGACGUCAUCCCGGUCGAGCCAGCAACAAGAGACAGCGUACUCACUGCUCUUCCACCAUUACUUUUUGGCAUUUCUGUUAUCGUCGCAAUGCGCUGCACUGUUCAUGCGUUUUUCAUUACAUCAUUUCUUUUGUCGUUCGCGACCCAUGUCGUAUGCUGCAGCGUGUUCUGUUGUCGAGAACGACAGCAAACACGGAGCAGCCUUGGGAUCACCUUUCAUUUUAACUUAUUUCCUCUCCACAUAUUAAGGGGUCCCGGCUUCCACAUAUCGGAUUUUGAGUCCAAUAGACUAAUCGGGCAGGCACAAUUCGAAGCAACACGGACUGUAAUGGAAGACAGCAAUACGACUGCUGACUACUUAUUCGUUUACGUUACCAAAUGGGACACUUGCGAGAACAUGCUCCGCUGCUCUUGGCUACUCUUUCGCUGGCGGAACUACCCGUACGACUGGUCGCCCGGGACAGUGGACGUGCAGAUGUUGAGGGUGGGGCAAUUCGUGAUUCUUGCGAUGCCAGGGGAGUUGACGACUAUGGCGGGGAGGAGGAUGAGGGAUGCACUGAGGGCGAGGCUGAUUGCAGAAGGUGUCCUGGACGAUAGGGCAUAUGUGAUGAUCGCGGCCACGCUCGACGCGUAUAUCAACAAGUACAGCGAGCUCGUUCCGUACCUCGCGACAAAUGCCACUGGGAUCCCGUCGUCCACUGCAGCCCCUCCGGAGCAGACGGGCGAGUUUAACAUUGAGUCGUCAGCCCGUGUCCUAGGCCCGGCUCAAUCUGGCCCGGCUUCGGCUGGCCGGAACCUACAGGGACUGGUGCUUUGUGAUACCUUGACUAUCCGGCGAUUUUUCUGCAAAUCUUGGCGCUGUAUGGACGCUUACAGAAAAGGACUUGAUGCUCGACAAGCUGCAUUCGCUGUGAGGAAGUACAAGUCUCAUCGACGCAUUGGUAUGACAGCCGAAGCCCUCGCAUAUGUUAGCAAUGCCGCAGGGGCACAGAACAACCUCCCGUAGCUCCGUAGUAUCAUUUCU